AUGUACAUUGGGUUUAAAAGGUGCUGCUACAUCAAAAUAAAAAUGUGGAACUUUUUAUAUUUGUUUCUUAUCCUCACAUUCUACCGUGCAUUCUACCAUUAUCUUAUCUUUCUUUUUCGUUCUCUCUCAUACACACACACCUGCAUGUUAAACUUCACACAGUCAAAAACGAAGUCGGAACGGAAUCGUCAGCGCGCGCACGAUUCCCGUUUGAAAUCGGUGCAUACACAACGUCAAGAAGCCGCCCAAUCGCGUCGCGAGGAGCGUAUGCGUGCGGUCAAGGAACGUAUCAUGUCCGAGGAAGAUCCGGACAAGGCGCGCAAACUUGAGGUAAGACCAGUUUACGCUCCGGGCUUGCUUGCUUGUCCUCUACACAUGCCUCUGGUUUGA